ACGGAGCCCGCCGCAGCGCCCCGCGGCCGGACGCCGACCGCCGCGGGCGCGGGAGCCCAGGAUCGCUAUCCACCCCAAAUAGCAACGCAGCAUGUUAUUCUGGAGUCGAAUCUGUCAUCUCUGCAUGGGUUCUGUGUGUCCCUGUUACAAUUCCGGGUGCUUCUCUGCAUUCUUGAAGGCCGUCCUUGGGUACCGUGCAUGGUGCUGGGCAGACUUCAGGUCUGCUCUCGGUCCUGCCUGCAGCCCUUGCUGCCUUGUCACGGCUGACUUGCCCUGUGCAGUGACUUGAGCCCUGUGGACAGGACAUGUGGGGUUUGUGGACUCACUACUGUGUGCGGCCCAUGGGCAGCUGGCCCCAUGUGCUCUGCACGUCCCUACGAGGACUGACCCAGGUGCUCUCCUGAUCUUAUUGAUCGUGGGAAGAAGCAGACAUGCUGCAGACAGGGUCCAGCUGUGCGAGCUGGUGCUGCAGUGCUCUGGCCAGCCCUGCAGGACACGGAGACGUGACCCCCACACAGAGCGGAGCCCUUCCAGCUGGGCAGGGAGCCCCAGAGCCACCGCGGGGCACGGCCAGGCCGCCGCUCGCCUCAGCCUCCCGCCCGUGGGCUUUGUCCUGGGAUCAGAGCAGGACCGCACACAUCUCCAGACAGAAGCGUCUCCGCCAGUCAAGAAGCCCUCAAAAGUGUCUUGCCAUGGACGUAGAAGAUGAAGAGAACAUGAGUUCCAGCAGCGCAGACAUCAAGGAGAACCUGGACAACGUGUCCCCCAAGGACGGCAGCGCCCCUGGGCCUGGUGAGGGCAUGCAGCUCCCCAGUGGGGGCAGCAGUGGCACUGGCCGGAAGCGGCCCCUGGAGGAGGGCAGCAAUGGCCACUCCAGGUACCGCCUGAAGAAGCGGAGGAAAACCCCAGGGCCCGUGCUGCCCAAGAACGCGCUGAUGCAGCUGAACGAGAUCAAGCCCGGGCUGCAGUACACGCUGCUGUCCCAGACGGGGCCCGUGCACGCACCGCUGUUCGUCAUGUCCGUGGAGGUGAACGGGCAGGUCUUCGAGGGCUCUGGCCCCACCAAGAAGAAGGCGAAGCUCCACGCUGCCGAGAAGGCCCUGAGGUCCUUCGUGCAGUUUCCCAACGCCUCCGAGGCCCACCUGGCCAUGGGCAGGACCCUGUCCGUGCACACGGACUUCACGUCCGACCAGGCCGACUUCCCCGACACGCUCUUCAACGGCUUCGAGACCCCGGACAGGGCGGAGCCCUUCUGCAUGGGCUCCAACGGAGACGAGUCCCUGAGCUCCAGUGGGGACCUCAGCCUCUCGGCCUCGCCCGUGCCCGCCAGCCUCGCCCAGCCCCCGCUCCCGGGCCCGCCGCCUUUCCCGCCACCCAGCGGGAAGAACCCGGUGAUGAUCCUGAAUGAGCUGCGCCCGGGGCUGAAGUACGACUUCCUGUCGGAGAGCGGGGAGAGCCACGCCAAGAGCUUCGUCAUGUCCGUGGUGGUGGACGGCCAGUUCUUCGAGGGCUCGGGCAGGAACAAGAAGCUGGCCAAGGCCCGGGCUGCACAGUCGGCCCUGGCCACUGUCUUCAACCUGCACCUGGACCAGACGCCGUCUCGCCAGCCUGUGCCCAGCGAGGGGCUGCAGCUGCACCUGCCCCAGGUGCUGGCAGAUGCCGUCUCGCGCCUGGUCCUGGGUAAGUUCAGUGACCUGACGGACAACUUCUCCUCGCCUCACGCACGCAGGAAAGUGCUGGCCGGAGUCGUCAUGACCACAGGCACAGACGUCAAGGACGCCAAGGUGAUCAGCGUGUCCACGGGGACCAAGUGCAUCAACGGGGAGUACAUGAGCGACCGCGGCCUGGCCCUGAACGACUGCCACGCGGAGAUCAUUUCCCGGCGGUCCUUGCUCAGGUUUCUCUACGCGCAGCUGGAGCUCUACCUGAAUGGCAAGGACGAGCAGAAGAGCUCCAUCUUCCAGAAGUCGGAGCGAGGGGGCUUCCGGCUGAAGGAGGCCGUGCAGUUCCACCUGUACAUCAGCACCUCUCCCUGCGGGGACGCCCGGAUAUUCUCGCCCCACGAGCCGGUGCUCGAAGGUGUGAGGCUAGACCAGCAGCCAGCAGAACCAGCAGAUAGACAUCCAAACCGCAAAGCGAGGGGACAGCUGCGGACAAAAAUUGAGUCUGGUGAGGGGACCAUCCCCGUGCGGUCGAACGCCAGCAUCCAGACGUGGGACGGGGUGCUCCAGGGAGAGAGGCUGCUGACCAUGUCCUGCAGCGACAAGAUUGCACGCUGGAACGUGGUGGGCGUCCAAGGCUCCCUGCUCAGCAUCUUCGUGGAGCCCAUCUACUUCUCCAGCAUCAUCCUGGGCAGCCUCUACCACGGCGACCACCUCUCCAGGGCCAUGUACCAGCGGAUCUCCAACAUCGAGGACCUGCCGCCCCUCUACACCCUCAACAAGCCCCUGCUCAGCGGCAUCAGCAACGCAGAGGCGCGACAGCCAGGGAAGGCGCCCAACUUCAGCGUCAACUGGACGGUAGGCGACCCCGCCAUCGAGGUCAUCAACGCCACGACAGGGAAGGACGAGCUGGGCCGCGCCUCGCGCCUGUGUAAGCACGCGUUGUACUGUCGCUGGAUGCGUGUGCACGGCAAGGCACCCCCACACUUGCUGCGCACCAAGAUCACUAAGCCCACCACCUACCACGAGUCCAAGCUGGCGGCAAAGGAGUACCAGGCUGCCAAGGCGCGUCUCUUCACCGCCUUCAUCAAGGCGGGGCUGGGCGCCUGGGUGGAGAAGCCCACGGAGCAGGACCAGUUCUCCCUCACGCCCUGACCCGCGGGCACAGCACAGGGUGCGGGGCUGCCGAGCCUCACGUCUGGACUGGGCAGGCGCACGCCCCGGCGAGGGCCCAGGGACGCUGGUGUCCUGCACCGUCCCCGGCGUCGCGCACCCUGACCGGGGCAGGCGUGGGGUGUGGGGUGCCGGGCAUCUCACGUCUGGACUGGGCGGGUGCCGCUCACGCCCCCAGAGCUCUGCAGCGACUGCUUUCAGCCUCCGUGGACGUCAGAUCGAGGCCCUGGAGCUCUACUGAGUAGGGCUUCGUGAGUUUAGGAAGCAGGCACGACUGUCUGAGAGUCUUGAAUAAAUAAUUUAUUCAGAGCUAGGAAUGUGGUUUAUGAAACAAGAAGUAACUGUGCCAGGUCACGUUUAGGCCUCGUUAUUCUAAUUGCAAAACAGCACGUGCGGAGAGGGUGAGGACGCGGAGUCGAGCCCAGCAGGGGCGCAGCGCCCGGAAGCCCCUCCCGCACACCCCUGGAGCGCCCAGCAGGGCGCAGCGCCCGUCCUGCAGGGCCUGCUGCCCGGCCACCUCUAGAAGCCUCCAGACUCCUGGGGGAUGGGAUCAUGGAAGACCUUUCUCAGUUUACUCCCAAAUAAUUCAAGAUGGAGCAUGUCCGGGGUCCUUUGCUGGCCAUUCAGUAGGGGCUCCCAGUGCCGAGCCUUUGUGGACCAAGGGAACCGCGCAGCCCUGCGAGACAGAGCCGAGCCCCUGCUCUCUGGUGGCCCAGGCUCUGCGGGUGAAGCAGGCGGGGACCUUCCUGCCGAGCGGCCUCUAGCUCGUCCUUCCAGCUGUCACCACCGCCUCCAGGUGGAAGCUGGCAGGUCCCCGAGGCUGGUGUGGUGCUGACCCCACACUGAGGGCAGGCCAGGCGGGCGGGGCACGGAGCUGCUGGUCCCACGGGGAGCCCAGGGUGCUGCUAGGGCAGCCCCAGCAGGGGCCAGCCCAGGCGACCAGGGCCCACCUGGUCCUGCACUCAGGUGGUACCUUGUAGCUGCCACCCAGGACUAGAGGGCGGGAGCCUAUUGGCCCCUCAGCUGGGCACCAAGUUUGGCCUGGAGGUUGUGCCAAGGGGCCUUGGGACCGUGGCAGAGGCAGGCACAGACCCACGUGGCCAGGACCGGGCCCUGCAGCCCACGUGGCCCUGGGCUGUGCACCUCGAUGCUGGUGUCCCUCGUGGCGUGGAGGAACCAGACGGCCAGCGGUGAGGGCUGCUCUGCCUGUGGCGGCCUCCCUGCCCCGUGCUUCUGGUCCUACCGGGCUCAGCCCACAUGGCGGGAGGGACGCACCCGGUCAGUGGGACAGCAAGGCCCAGAGGAUGUCUCCCGCCCCAGCCCUUGCUGCUGACCCGCUGCCACGCCGGGCUGGGCUGGGCAGUGUGCUGGGUCCUCACUCGUG